AAACUAAACCCACUCGCCUUGAUCAGAACUUCAUAUCGCGUCUGGACGCAACAUGCAGGCUACCGCGCUCCGCCGCUAAGUGAGGCCGACAUACAGGUGCUUGUUUGCGGACUCGCCAAGUGGUGCGCACCGUCGUAGAGAUGCUGCUUCCCGCUGGCACUAUUCUGCUUCUGUUGGCUGUCUCGUCAAGUUUGGACAUCGCCACGGCUGAAGGCUGUGGGGCAUCAUGUGGAAAAUGUGACUGCAGCGGUGUUAAAGGAGUCAAGGGUGAACGUGGACUCCCUGGUCUUCAAGGUAAUAUGGGUUUUCCAGGAAUUCAAGGAAAUGAGGGGCCGAUCGGACCAAUUGGGCCCAAGGGAGAGCCAGGACAAUUUGGCGCUCCUGGAAAUAAAGGAGUCCGAGGCCCUCCUGGUCUUCCAGGUCAUCCAGGAAUUCCAGGAUUACCUGGAAUCAAUGGAAACGAUGGUCCAGCUGGUGCUCCAGGUAUCCCAGGAUGCAAUGGGACGAAAGGGGACAGAGGAAGAGAUGGCAUUCCCGGUUUUGAUGGUGUUCAAGGACCUCCUGGCAUUCCAGGGCUUCCUGGAAUGAAGGGUGAUGCUGGUGGUGUGAUUGGUGUUAUUCCUCUGAAAGGAGACAGAGGCUUCCCGGGCACUCCUGGACUUCCUGGUUCCCCUGGAGCACCCGGGCCUAUUGGUCCUCCAGGACCUCGGGGCUACGUUGGACCCAAAGGUGAUGUUGGACCACCAGGCCCCCCUGGAGAAAAGGAUGACAAGCUGUCCUUUGAGAGUGAGAAAGGAGAUAAGGGUGAGAGAGGCUUCCGAGGCCCACCAGGUCCUCCCGGACCGCCUUCGCCAGGUGUAGAGGGUCCUGGCACUGAAUUCAUCGGACCACCGGGACACCGAGGAUUUCCAGGAGAGAAAGGAGAGAAAGGCAUUUGUGAUAUAUCUCAGAAUGGAGUUAAGGGUGAUCCAGGCCCACCAGGACCAAUUGGUAAACCUGGCAAGGAAGGCGAUGAUGGGCGAAAGGGAGAAAAGGGCUACCCUGGACCUCCGGGAUUCAGUGGACCGCCGGGUGAAAAAGGAGAAAGAGGACCUCCUGGAUACGCAAGCGGUGCCCCUGGCCCUCCUGGUCCCCGUGGUGUCCCUGGUUCACAAGGAGAAAAAGGUUUUCCUGGACCUCAGGGAGAACCAGGGCCACCAGGACGCUACAUUGAAGGCCCUCGUGGAGAGACUGGUCAAAAGGGCGAUGUGGGUCAGAAAGGAGACAGGGGUAUUGAAGGAGAUUCUCUGGUUGGACCCCCUGGGCAACCGGGCGCAGAUGGACCACCUGGACCUCCAGGGUUACCUGUUGACCUCAAUGAAUGCACCAAUGCAAAAGGCGCUCCUGGACCACCUGGACCUCCGGGGCUUCAAGGAGAAUUGGGACAGAAAGGUGAUAAAGGAGAAACUUGCACCCUGUGUGAAGGGUUCGGACCUGCAGGAUUACCUGGCCCUCAGGGCCUUAAAGGAGAGCGGGGACCACCUGGUCCAGUUGGAGCCAAAGGAGACAAGGGGCAGUCUGGACGCUCUGGAACUCCUGGAAGACCUGGCAUCAAUGGCAGUCCUGGUUUGAUUGGGGCUCCUGGUGCGGUUGGGGAGCCAGGAGACAUAUUUAUUGCUCCGGGUCUGAAAGGAGAUAAAGGCUAUCCGGGUCUAAGCGGUUCACCUGGAAAACCAGGUCUGGAUGGAAUCCCAGGGAGAGAUGGCCAACCUGGCGUUCCUGGCCACAAAGGAGAACCUGGUAAAGAUGGCAUAAAGGGUGAUCGCGGAGCGAUUGGGGACCCUGGUCUUAUAGGUCCCCCGGGAGAGAGAGGUCCCCCAGGUCUGCCAGGCUAUGGGCGGCCUGGGCUUACUGGGGACAAGGGGAGUCAAGGAAGGGCUGGUAUCCCAGGAUCACCAGGAGCCCCUGGUGCAAAAGGUGAACCAGGUCAAGGCGUGAGCACCCCUGGCCCGCAAGGUGUACCUGGACCACAAGGAGAACCUGGUAGAGAUGGUCAUCAAGGUUUACCAGGUCUUCAAGGAGACUCAGGAUCACCAGGUUUUCCGGGACAGAAGGGUGAUCAAGGACCACCAGGGAUUGGAUUUCCAGGACCAACUGGUGCCAAAGGAAUCAAUGGAAUUCCAGGAGCUCCGGGAUUGCCAGGAGAGGCUGGAAGACCUGGGCAGGAUGGUAUUUCUGGACGUCCUGGUCCACAAGGACAAAAAGGUGAACCAGGAAUGGGCCUCCCUGGCCAAAAAGGUUCACAGGGUCCUCCUGGAAAUAUCGGCUUUCCUGGGGAGAAAGGUAACACAGGAUUGCCUGGUGUUCCUGGGCGAGAAGGCCCGGCAGGACCACCGGGACUUCAGGGUCUAAAAGGUAACAUUGGACUCCCUGGACCUGCUGGAGCGGCAGGGUUACCAGGUCCUCCUGGAAAGGGCUUACCAGGAGCUCCAGGACCACGUGGACAAACUGGAGAGCCUGGUCCAUUUGGUAGAGUAGGCGAAAAAGGGGAUAGGGGAUAUCCAGGUCCUCCCGGCAUUGACAUGCCAGGACCACCAGGAGAAAAAGGAAUCAGUGGGUUCCCUGGCGCCCCCGGUGUAACAGGACUGCCAGGACUACCAGGCUUGCCAGGACGGGAUGGACUGAUAGGAAACCAGGGUGCAAAGGGUGAAAUGGGGGUCAUUGGGACGCCAGGAUUACCAGGAUUUCCCGGACCACCUGGUUCACCUGGGAGUCACGGCUUGAGAGGUGAUCCUGGUCUUCCUGGUUCAAGAGGACAACCUGGAGAUUCUGGACUUAAAGGAGAAAGGGGAGAAAUGGGUCUUCAGGGCCCUCCGGGGAACAUGAGUAAAGUUGACAUGGAGCAUAUGAAAGGGGAAAAGGGAGAUCUUGGAGAUCCAGGAAACCCUGGAAUAACAGGCCAGAAAGGCUUCCGCGGACUACCUGGAGACCCUGGACUGCCGGGAAAAAAUGGAGAACCUGGUUUACCAGGACAGCCAGGUCAGAAAGGAGACAGUGGCAAUCCUGGAGAACCAGGCAGUAUGGGCCCCCCUGGACAGAAGGGAAGUGCCGGCGAGAUGGGAAUACCAGGUCCAGUCGGUCCAAAAGGUCUAAAAGGUGAUAUAGGUACACCAGGCCACCCUGGUUUCAGAGGAACUGAUGGAGCAAAAGGGGACCGUGGAUCACCUGGUGAGCCAGGUAUUGGGCUCCCAGGAUUUCCAGGAGAAAGGGGACAACCUGGCCAACCAGGAUUCCCAGGACAACGAGGAGAAAAGGGUCUGAAGGGUCACAUGGGAAUGCCUGGCAUGCCGGGACAGCAAGGAGUUAAAGGAGACAAAGGAACAUUUGGCAUUGCAGGCCAGCCAGGAAUACCUGGUGAGAAGGGUAUCCCAGGGCUGCCAGGGUCUGCAGGAGAGCCUGGUCUUGAUGGUCGGCCAGGUGAAGGUGGCUUGCCAGGACCCCCUGGUCCAGCUGGAGAGAAAGGAGAAGCUGGUGUUGAUGGAAUUCCUGGAUCCUCAGGGGAGAGAGGAGAUCCUGGUUUACCUGGUCUUAGUAUUCCAGGACCCCCGGGAGAACUAGGUAGCAAAGGUGAUAAAGGUAGCCCUGGGUUCCCGGGCACCCCAGGCUAUCCCGGCGUGCCUGGCAUUAAAGGUGACAAGGGACUUCCUGGCAAUCAGGGGCGCCAAGGUGAACAAGGGGAACCUGGUCUACCAGGAUUCGCUCUAGAGGGCCCUAAAGGAAAUCAAGGAGAACCAGGACAGCCUGGUGAACCAGGAAUUGUUGGCACUCCAGGACCUUCUGGUCAGCCGGGUCAAAAUGGCCAGAAGGGAGACAAAGGAGACCAAGGUCUACCAGGAUUCCAAGGAGAGUCAGGGCAAAAGGGUGACUCUGGAACACCUGGAUUUCCGGGGCCAGCUGGUCUUCCAGGUGUUCAUGGUCCCAAAGGAGAGAGGGGACAACAAGGAGUUCCUGGCUUCCCAGGUUCAAAGGGGGCUCAAGGUGACUUUGGAUUCAAAGGAGAACUUGGGGAUCGAGGAUUCCAAGGAGAAAAGGGCAAUGUUGGACCCCCUGGUCCUCCUAGUCCACACACAUUCAUCAAAGGAGAUGUUGGUCUGCCAGGUAUCACAGGUUUUCCAGGGCCGCAGGGACCAUCUGGUCUCCCGGGACAUAAAGGACAGCAAGGUCUGACAGGUGUUCCUGGUCCAAAAGGAGAAGAUGGCCUCCCUGGAUAUCAUGGCCAACCAGGAUCCAAAGGCGAAUCUGGUCUGCCUGGGCCUCAAGGACCCAGAGGGUAUCCUGGUCCACCAGGACCUGAUGGUGUUCCGGGCCAAGUCGGACCACCAGGCCCGUCCUCUAUGGAUCACGGUUUCUUGGUGACUCGGCAUAGUCAGACAGUGGAAGUUCCUCUUUGUCCGGAAGGGACCUCGCCUAUAUAUGAUGGCUACUCACUGCUGUACGUACAAGGCAACGAACGCUCUCAUGGGCAGGAUCUAGGUACGGCAGGAAGCUGUCUAAGGAAGUUCAGCCCCAUGCCCUUUUUGUUUUGCAACAUCAACAACGUCUGCAACUUUGCCUCCCGUAACGACUACUCAUACUGGCUCACUUCGCCAGAGCCUAUGCCAAUGAGUAUGGCACCUAUCACAGGUGAAAGCAUCAAGCCCUUCAUCAGCAGGUGCGCAGUAUGUGAAGCUCCAGCCAUGGUGAUUGCGGUUCACAGUCAGACAAUCAUGAUCCCUCCGUGCCCUUCCGGUUGGGACUCUCUGUGGAUCGGAUACUCCUUCGUCAUGCAUACCAGCGCAGGUGCUGAGGGCUCAGGCCAGGCUCUAGCUUCUCCCGGUUCCUGCUUGGAGGAGUUCAGAAGCGCUCCUUUCAUCGAAUGUCACGGUCGAGGAACCUGCAACUAUUAUGCCAACUCCUACAGUUUCUGGCUGGCGACGAUUGAAGACAGUGAGAUGUUUACGAAACCCGUCCCAACGACGCUAAAAGCAGGAAAUCUGCGAACACACAUAAGUCGCUGUCAGGUGUGCAUGAAGAGGACAUAAGGCCUGCGUCCACCCUCGCGAUUCACUUGGCUUUCGAACUUCCUGACGUCCGAGGAUGGUGCUAUGUGCGAGAGCCAAGUUUGAACUUUUGCAAACCAGAACAAAUACCAAAAACCAAGUGCCUCUCGCUCCAUGCGGAUCACUUCUACUAACAAAGAAUGGCGCCCUGUUUACCGCUGCACUGAGUAGAUGUCCCCCGAAAUGGUAAACUAGUGUUCAUUUUCGAUGUAAGCCUGGUGCUAUGCAAUCUUACUUAUCUGCCUUUAUUCCAUUUGCUCGCUGAAUGAUAAAGCUACAUGUUUAUAGCAUCAAGUCACACUCUGUUUUCAACUUGUUUACACACACUGAUAGUAAGAACGGGACUUACCACUGACUCACAAAUUUGCUAACGCACCACAAGCAGAUGUAUAACAUUUACCCUGUUGUAAAUAUAAUGCAUUCCUAGUUCCACAUAUUCUCCUCAGGUUAUUAUUGAGUCAACUUUGUGUGUUAUUAAAUCCCUUUUUUUUUAUUUAUGAGAUGUAUGAGACUAUGUUGGACGCUUCAUUAGUAGAAAUUACAGGUGAGAGUCUGUGUGUUUGGUAGAUGAGGUUUUUGUUGUAACAAUGCUUUGCGUCAAUAAAUACUACACCAGUGAAAAAGCUUGAUUUGUUCUCAAGUUGCAUUGUUUCAACAAAAGAAAAUCUACCGAAAAUAAAUUUGUUGUUUGUUUUGUUGCUGCUGUUGGUGCUUAAACAAAACCCUGAUUUGCACGGGAUUAGUAUUAUAUGUUGAUCUUUAGCUAUUUACCAAUUCAAAAACUUUGUUAAUUGUAGCACAUUUGCAAAGAAUUAGCAAAGUUGGUAAAUUACUCCAUUUCACUGACAUGGCGAGUCUUUUUGCCUGUUUUUUUAUGAUUGACUUGGCAGCUUGCGGAGCUCCAUCAGAACGUCCACGAAAUGGGGCCGUACAGUGGUAUGGAAAAGUAUCUGAACCUUUUGGAAUUUCUCACAUUUCUGCAUAAAUUCACCAUCAAAUGUGAUCUGAUCUUUGUCAAAAUUACACAGAUGAAAAAACUGUCUGCUUUAACUAAAACCACCCAAACAUUUAUAGUAGGGUUGUUCCGAUCACGUUUUUUUGCUCCCGAUCCAAUCCCGAUCGUUUUAGUUUGAGUAUCUGCCGAUCCCGAUAUUUUCCGAUCCGAUUGCUUUUUUUUUUUUUUUUGCUCCCGAUUCAACUCCAAUCAUUCCCGAUAAUUUUUUCCGAUCAUAUGCUUUUUGGCAAUGCAGUAAGAAAAAAAUGAAUAAAACUUGGACGAAUAUAUACAUUCAACAUACUGUACAUAAGUACUGUAUUUGUUUAUUGUGACAAUAAAUCCUCAAGAUGGCAUUUACAUUAUUAACAUUCUUUCUGUGAGAGGGAUCCACGGAUAGAAAGACUUGUAUUCUUAAAGGAUAAAUGUGACUUUGUAUAUUGUGACUAAAUAUUGCCAUCUAGUGUAUUUGUUGAGCUUUCAGUAAAUAAUACUGCAGCCAUCUGUUCUGCCCAAAUGCAUGAUGAGAAGUGCACCCAUGACUGUGCGUAGUGUUACCAAUUGAUAUAUCUUCUCUGCGUAGGGAAAUAACAUAGGGUGUUCAGAAAAAGAUCAAUUACUACCUUUCUUCCCACAUUGCCUCCCACGAUGUUUUCUAAUCGUAGGGAGAGGGAUUGUAAGGCUUUAGCCAAUUAAAAAAAGGCUCCAAAGGCUGCCAAAAUUCACUCUACUCAUUUUACGCUGCCGUUUAGCUCUAUAUAUAGGUAAAACGGUGCCAUUACAAAUUGAACGCGACAAUGCGUGAGUGGGCCGUGCAGUGCAUGCAUUAAUUGCGUUAAAAAUUUUAACGUGAUAAAUUUUAUAAAAAAUUAGUUGCCGCCGUUAAAGGAAUAAAUUUGAUAACCCUACCUUAAGCCUAAACUAAAGACUCUGGAUGAGUGUAACAUACUGUAUUAUGUCUGUAAUGUUAAAUACAAUUAGAAAACGAUUUAUUUAAAAAAUAUAUAUAUAUUAAAAAAAAGGCAUGUCCGAUAUUUUUUUGCCAAUUCCUAUACUUUGAAAAUGACGUGAUCGGGACAUCUCUAAUUUAUAGGUUUUCAUAUUUUAGUGAGGAUGGUGUGCAAACAAUGACAGAAGGAAGAAAAAUAAGUAAGUGACCCAUCACAUUUAUAAUUUUGUGCCCCCCUUUGGCAGCAAUAACUUCUACCAGACGCUUCCUGUAGCUGCAGACCAGUCUGGCACAUCGUGUAGUAUCUCAGUGGGGUUCAAGUCUGGACUUGGCCACUCCAGAACGUGUAUUUUGUUCUGAAACCAUUCUGAAGUUGAUUUACUUCUGUGUUUUGGAUCAAUGUCUUGUUGCAGCAUCCAUCGUCUUUUUAGCUUCAACUGUCUGACAGACGGCCUCAGGUUUUCCUGCAAAACAUCUUGAUAAACCUUUGAAUUCAUUCUUCCAUUAAUGAUUGCAAAUUGUCCAUGCCCUGAGGCAGCAAAACAGCCCCAAAUCAUGAUGCUCCCUCCACCAUGAUUCACGGCAGGGAUUAGAUGUUAAUGUGGAGCUGUUCCAAUUUUUCUCCACACAUGACGUUGUGUGUUACUCCCAAACAAUUCAACUUUGGUUUCAUUCGUCCACAAAAUAUUUUGCCAAAACUUCUGUGGAGUGUCCAAGUGCCUUUUUGCAAACAUUAAACAAGCAACAAUGGUUUUUUAAAGACAGUGCCUUCCUCCGUGGAGCCCUUCCAUGAACAAUGGAUACUUGAUGUGUGCACAGAGAUAUUGGACUGUGCCAGUGAUUUCUGUAAGUCUUUAGCAGACACGCUAGGAUUCUUUUUACCUCUCUGAGUAUUCUGCGCUGAACUAUUGGCAUCAUCUUUGGUGGACAACCACUCCUUGGGAGAAAAGCUACAGUGCCAAACUCUCUGCAAUUGUAGACCACUUCUCUGACUGUCGAUUGAUGAACAUCCAGACUUUUAGAGAUGGCUUUGUAUCCUUUCCCAGCUUUAUACAAAUCAAUAAUCCUUGAGUGCAGGUCUUCAGACAGCUCUUUUGACCGAGCCAUAAUGCAAAUCAGACAUUGCUUCUCAUCAACACAAUUCUUACCAGGUGUGUGCUUUAUAGUGAGCAGGGCAGCUUUAAACCACCCAUCAGUGAUUGGGCACACACCUGACUUAAAUUGUUUGGCAAAAAUUGGUUUCAAUUGCUCUUUUAGUCUCCUUAGGCAGAGGGUUCACUUACUUAUUUCCCCCCCUUCUGUCAUUUGCCACGUUUACAUGGAGCCAAAUAUUCCAAUUACAAUCAGAAUAUUUGUUCAAACCGAAUAAAUGUGUUCCAUAUAAACACCUCAUUUGGAAUGAACAGGCCCAAACCGAAUGGAAUUUCAUUCCGAUUCACAGGGGUGGAAUAUUCCUUUUCCCAAACCGAUUAGAAGUAAAAUUAUAUCAUGUAAACAGGGAAGCGGAAUGGUGUCUGGUUGCGUUCUUUCUGCGCAUGCUCCGUACUGACGUGGUGACGUCACUUGGUGACGUAAGUAACGUCACUUGCAACAUGGCUUCCAAGCACACGCACAGCGCACCCACACAACUUUUUAAAUGAACGGCGUAUCAUUCUGAAGUUUUGUUUCCACUCGAAAAGUUAAAACAGCAGCUGAUCUGACGAUCGAUCUCCAUGUUUUUCAACGUGACGCUUUGUUUUGAUUAAUCUGCGCAUGUCAGACGGCAGUUGUCAAACGUCCUUUCGGAAUAAAGGCAGACACAUGUAAACGCUGGAUCGGAAUAGAUGAAGUGACAUGUAAACAGCUGAUGUGAAAUUUCCAUUCGGAAUGAUUUGAAUCGGUAUGAAUAAAAGUCAGCAUGUAAACGUGGCUAUUGUUUGCAUGCUAUCCUCAUUAAAAUAUGAAAACCUAUAAAUGUUUGGCUGGUUUUAGUUAAAGCAGACACUGUUUUUACAUCUGUGUGAUUUUGACAAAGAUCAGCUAACAUCUGAUGGUGAUUUUAUGCAGAAAUGUGAGACAUUUCAAAAGGUUCAGAUAAUUUUUCAUACCACCGUAUUAUAAUUUACUGCCAUGAAAGGUUAAGACUUCAAUCAAAAUUUCCACCACAGCUUCGGGCAACACUAAUCCUGUGCAAAUUGGGCUAAAAAUGGCAAAAUGUAAUUCAAAUUAUCCAGUUUAACAGCAUUUUCUGCUUUACUCUCAUUCCCAUUCGGAGUCCAUUCAUUGAUUCUUCCUCUAUAAAAAUGCACGUGUAUAUAUAAAGCUUAAAAGUAUACUUUCACUUACAAAAUGUAUUUGUUAUUCUGCUCUUGGUAUUAAAUGUGAACUACUUGUUUGUUUUGUUUUGUUUGUUUUUGAUUGGCUACAAAGUGUAUCCUUAAUACAUUUUAGCUAAACAUACAUCAAUAUGGAGGGCAAUAUUCAAACAGAAAAUUCUUGUUAUUAUAGUGUGGGCAAUGUAUUUUUUUCCCCUCAAACACUGUACAAUAUUACCCAUUAGCUUGUUUUCUGCCAUUGACAACGACGGAUUGAACGUCUCUCUACGUCAAUGGCCGUUAAUAAGAUUAAAAAAACUUUAAUUGCUUCAAAUGUGCCAGAUAAAGUAUAUUCGCCAGGGUACUUCAGGCAAAAGAUCAUAACUGCGUGUGGGUUUUUAAAUAUAUAAAAGUUUUACAAAAUUUCAACAAUGUUCAAGAUUAUUUUGUCAUUCCUUGGGAUAUUUUAAAUAAUGCCAUACCAGUCCCCCCCCAAAAAAUAAAAAAUUAAAGUUUUAAUAUGGUCAUUAAUGUAUAAGGAGGGGAAUAUGCACACUGCAACAUGAACAUCAAGCACAGUGGUAAAUGGCAUGUGUC